AUGGGCGAGUAUUCGAAAGCACUUUCGUCGCAUGAACGAGCACUUGAAUGUCGAAAAAUAGCUCUCCCUCCCAAUCAUCCAGACUUGGCUAGUUCCUACAACAACAUCGGUGCGGUGUAUUAUAACAUGGGCGAGUACUCGAAAGCACUUUCAUCGUACGAACGAUCACUUGAAAUCAAAAAAAUAGCUCUCCCUCCGAAUCAUCCCGACUUAGCCACUUCCUACAACAAUAUCGGUUUGGUGUAUUAUAACAUGGGCGAGUACUCGAAAGCACUUUCAUACUACGAAAAAGACCUGGAGAUCACUCUGAAAGCUCUCCCGCCGAAUCAUCCCGACUUGGCUAAAUCCUACAACAAUAUCGGUAUGGUGUAUGAUAACAUGGGCGAGUACUCGAAAGCACUUUCAUAUUACGAAAACGCACUACAAAUCAAGAAGAUUGCUCUUCCCCCAGGACAUUCAAGUACUGCACUUACGGAAAGAAACAUUGAACUUCUCAAACAGAAAAUGUAA